AUGAGGGUCGCCACGGCUCUCGGCAUUGCCUCCCUGGCCAGCGUGUUCCUCUACACUGCGCUGGCGAACUCGAUGGUGCACUCCAACCGUUUUGCACGACGAAUAUUCUGGUUGGUCGUUGCUUGCUGUAUGGGGGUGUGGCUGCUUCCAGCGCUGGAUGGCAUUUUCAGCAACGUUGCAUAUGUCAUCAUUAUAUCGCUGCUUCUGGCAUCGUUAUUGGAAAAUAGUAUGCGGCGAACCAUGGAUCUGGUGCCAUUCGAAGCAAAGGCCAUCACUACAGUCAAAGGAACACCGGAGGCUGAAGGCAAAGCAGCACUUGUGAAAAUGCUGGUGGACAAAAUGUACCGGAAUAUGGGGUCAAGCAUUGGGUUGGUACAGGUGGUGUCGAUUCUUAUGGGGAGCAUGAGGCAAAGAAGGAAGAUUGUGUAUGGCGUUCUGCAUGAUGCAACAGCAGCGGAACUCAAUUACAUUCUCGCACGUGUGAACUGCCCACAAAUGAUGGAGUGUUCUGGGCAACCAUUUGCCAAGCUGCUGACAUCACCAGCUCCAGAUGGAAGGUUGCUAGAAUUGGACCUGUUGUCAAGGGCUGUUUUGAUUGAUGCCUUCCAGAAGAUUGGGCUGCAAGGCAACGACUUUCAUCAAAAGUGUGUUGGCAGCAUCGUUCAGCACACGUUCGGUGUGGAGCUCACGAUUUUGAAGGGUGGGGAUUCCAUAACUGCCCAAAGCUCUUUGGCAAAGAUCUGCAAGGAUCAUUGA